UCCAGCAGCCAACGCGCAACAUAUACACACCGGGCACCAAUGCUGUCACGACUUCAUUAGUCGCAAGGUCCGACAUCUCCUAGCGCGUCCGAUACUUCACGACAUAGUACAUUACCAUGAACUAGGUUCUCCAAACAUACGCACAGAAACUGUUCAGUAUUUAAAGGCAAACAGACGGGAUAGCUCCUUAUAAACUUCCAGGUACUUCACAACUAUCGUAGUGUUAGUAUGGUUACAUUACAUACAAUUUUACUCUAACAUAAAAUGUAUUUCCCCGCGUGAAUUAGAUUGUAUGUUAGUAAUCAGGCGACUGCAGAUCUAUAUAUCUAAAAACAUUUAUAAAAAGUAUAAAUUUAGUGUAAUAAACAUAUGGGCUUCUAUGUUAAUGAAAAUGUGUAAUAUUUCAAAACAUGUCAAUAUGUCGAUAUCAGUGAAUCUGUGAAUACAAAUGAGUGACAUACUUAAGUCAGUUGAACGGUGUCCGAGAGUGAAUAUACAACAUUAUCUUCAUAAAGUACGGUAUUAAAACUUUCUUGAAUAACUUUUAUAAAUUAUUUAUAAGUGAAACCGAAUAUCUGCUGAAUAAUCUGCUGAUAUUACGCAUAUCAAAGAAGAUUUUAACUCCCCGAGAAAAUAAUCAAGAACGUGGGUAAACGGAAGAGAGCUGAACAGAAACAACGAAGAAGGACAGAUAUAUUCUUCACAUUAGAUCCUGUAACCAUGACAACGGACGAUACUGGGGAGACGAAACAGAGGAGGAAAUUGAGGGUCACCUAACCACUUUGACAUCACGUGUGCCAAGAAAUUCCAUGUACGGAACCUGAAAACCUGUACUCGCGUUGCGACAAAACACGUGACAAGAUUUGGAGUAGCUGAGAAAAAGGAACGAGAUGUGGACAACCAGUACAAGAAAACGACAACAAACUUACAACAUUGUGAGGAACAAGAAGACUAAAAGAAACUUUGUACAGAAAGUCAGACAAUUGUAUGUGAUUACACAAAAAGCUGUUGACGUAAUGCAAUAACCCAAGGCACAUUCGCGCAAGGGCAGUAUGUCAACGUGAAACGUUGCCGUUUCCACCGCAACUCGACCUGCAAUUGGUCAUGAAAAUUAAACAUAAUAAAAAACAAGAAGACGUUUUGAAAAAAAAAAUUGAAUUAUAAGUCUAAGAAGGACAUAUAAUAGAUUUAAAAACUUAGCCAGAGCGCUGUCUUAAAUCUAAUUACUCAGCAGGAAACAAACCUCAUUUUAACACGCGUGAGUGACGUGUAUGUUUGAAGGUGAAAGUUCAGUGACGUGUGUAUAAGCUUCCUGUAGCUUUCAGGGACACCAUCCAUGAGUUAACUCAUCGGAAGUGACGGUUUCCUCCUUCAUAUUGGAACGCUUUCUAAACAAGUCUCAAGCCAAGUAGUUCAACACUAAUACACUGAAAUAGUCAGCAGAACUGAGCGUAUACCGAUUGUAACACGGGCAUGAAUCUCUCCUUUUAAUUUACUGAAAAUUAAAAGAACUUGUUUGUGAACUAUGCAUACCGUUUUAAACAUCAUCAAGGUUGCUGCUAAGCUUAGGUGGAAUGUUCAUGUAAACACGUUUCGGAGAUUAAUUUAAAUUAUUUCCUGGCUUUUUAAAAUUACGUUCCUCUAAGAAGGAAAGAAUAUUAUUUUGUUUUUAAUAUUAUACGUUAUUUGUCGUAACUGUUUCUUUGAAUACUAUAAAAAUAAGAAAUAACCUGGAUUUAUUGUCUGGUGUGUGACGUCAGAGUAGUAAAUAAUAAUCAAGUGUUACUGAGAGACUGUGAUGAAAUGGAUUUUAGUUUUACGAAAACAUUGGGAUCUGUUAUAAAACCGAGUGAGGAAGGAAAUGUUUUCACUGACACAAUGUAAUAAUGUCAUAUCCAUUUCGCUAACACAAACAUAAAUAUGCAUGUUUGAAAUAGAACAUUACUCCUGCUCGAACACUAUAUUUCACGUGGAAUAUCUAAAAACGGAUCAUUUAAAAAUAAUUCUUAGACCUAUAAGGUAGUGAAACAAUGACAGAAAUCGUGUUAAUAUAUUCUUACUUCGGUAAGGGAAUACAUGUAAUUUGUUUCAACUCAACAUCACCAAGUUAGUAAGUGCAACAAUCUGUAAGCGCCAACAUGAAGCCAAGUGUUAUAGAAAAGAACUUACGAUACGGCCAACAAGCACAUCUGAUCAGAAUAUCAUAGUCAAAUAUUCCAUUUACAUUGAGUCAAUAUGGAAACGAUAAUCGAUACGAAUAUCAUUUCGGACAUGGAAAACUUUCUGGCCGAAACCAACGUCACGGUUAUGCCGACACUGCUGGGCACGGCCAAUGGCACAAACUCGACCCAGAUCCCGUACGUCGACUAUUCAGAACGACCCGAGACCUACAUCGUACCAGUCCUGUUCGCGCUUAUCUUCGUAGUCGGUGUCCUUGGCAACGGUACCCUGGUGCUGAUCUUCAUACGUCACCGCAACAUGAGAAACGUCCCAAACACAUACAUCUUCAGCUUGGCUCUGGGAGACCUCCUGGUCAUAAUCACUUGCGUUCCAUUCACAUCCACGGUAUACACAGUCGACUCCUGGCCUUACGGUGAACUGAUCUGCAAACUGUCGGAGUGUGUCAAGGACAUAUCGAUAGGUGUCUCUGUGUUCACGCUAACUGCCCUAAGCGCAGAUCGCUUCUUCGCUAUUGUAGACCCUAUGAGGAAACUACACACAGGAGGUGGGGGCCGCAGAGCUACAAGACUGACCAUAUUGACAGCUAUUUUCAUCUGGAUACUGGCCAUCCUGUGUGCAAUGCCAGCUGCAAUAGCAUCUUACAUAAGAGUAUUCAAAAUCAGCGACACGAAAAGUUUCAAUGUCUGUUAUCCAUUCAGAGUUUCAUGGGGUGAAUUGUACGCUGAGUCCAUAGUGAUCGCCAAAUUCAUCAUAUACUACGCCAUCCCACUGAUAAUAAUCUCAUUCUUUUAUCUUCUUAUGGCAAGGCAUCUCAUCCUUAGUACCAGAAACAUGCCUGGGGAGAUUCAAGGUCAAGCAAGACAGGUCAGAGCUAGGAAGAAAGUUGCAAAAAUGGUUCUUGCCUUCGUCAUAGUCUUUGCCGUAUGUUUCUUCCCUCAGCAUGUUUUCAUGCUGUGGUUCUACAGCGACCAGAAUGCUGCUAUGGAACAGUUUAAUGGUUUCUGGCACGCUUUUCGUAUCAUCGGAUUCUGCCUGAGCUUCAUCAACUCGUGCAUCAAUCCUAUAGCACUGUACUGUGUCAGCGGUACUUUCAGAAAACACUUCAACAGAUACCUUCUGUGCAUCUGCUGCAAGAGCGCUUCAGGGGGCGGUCGGGGGCGUAGUGUAGGUGGAACCAAUAGCUGCAGAGCCAGUUUCACCAGUAGAAGACAUCUGGGAACAAUGUCGUCAAGACGGUAUGCUACUUGCACAAAGUCUACGUGGGAUUCAACCACUAUCGCACACUACAACACUGCUACAAGGAAGCAUACUCUUGCAAGCCAGCCAACUGAGGAGAUUAGUAUCACAACCUUCAUGAACGGAGGCUUGCUGGGAGGUAGUAAGGAAAUGAACAUAGAGAACUAAUAGGAAACAUAUCAAGUAAAGACAUAAUUAAUUUCCCCGUACUACAAGUAAAAUAAUUACUCCGAAUUAUGACGCUUCAUGUUUCUGUGGUUAAAUUGCAGGUUUUAGCUGCAGAACAUAGGCGAAAUCUUAAAAAAAAUUAAGCUUUUGUUGUUGUGGGUUGCAGAAACUUUCAGUGAAGCCACCAAACACGGUUCGGUACCGUUAAUUAUUGCUGCACUGAAACUUCUAGAACAGAAUUUUGCUUCAGUGGAAGUACAUAUCAUAUUCCACUCAGGGCAGGCUUUAAAUAUCUUAAAUGUCUAAUGAAAAUUAUUUUAUAUCUUACACAGAAGGAUACGAAUCUCUUGGAGUGAUCACUUAUUGAAAGUAUAAGCGUGACAUUAGGAAAAGAUUAACAUACCUCACUUGUCCACUUGCUUUGAAGUUGAAGGAAAGGGAAAAUCGUAAUAUAAACAUUAUAUAAACAUUCUCAACUUAUGGCAAAUACUUAUAAAACCGUUGCGAAUCAAGCGAAAUACAAAAGCAUAUACAUCAGAUCUGUUUAACUGACUCGACAUUUAAAUAAACAGAACAGCAUACUGUAUUUAACUGUUCUAAAUCGUGCUAAACGUAGACAACAAAAAUUGAAACUAAAGAGAGAGUAAGCGUUGGUAUUUUUUUUUCUGGUCUGGUGCCAGGUAGAGACUAUGAGAAUUGUUCUUCCAUCGUUAAAUAAUCCAGUCCCUUGUGCAGUAUAUUCCGAAGCAGACACAUAACUAUCGAGAGAGAGUUAGGUGGACAUAUAGGGUGCAAUUAAUACAUAUCGCUAAAGCUUGUGAAGAAAUGGGGCGAUGCGCCGUGCUCUCAACUUAAUCCGAUUGUAAACUUUACGGUAAAUCACAUUCAUCUAGUAGUAUGUGUUUUGUCACUAAACACGUUCUCUUAACAUCGGAAAUCCAGGAAGAAUUAGAUUUAAAGUUGUUAUGGCUCGAAAUAUGAUUAUAUGGCGUUUUAAAUGAAUACAGUGACUAAAAGUGACUGGUUUGCCAACUACAGUCCGAAACAGUUUUGGCCGGGAAAAGUACCGUAAUUAGAGUCAAGAAAUCCGUGACUUGAAUGAUACGCAUCUGGCAGAUUCAUGGCACGUCUUAUUACAGUACAACACAGAGUUCCAUGUAAUGUGCGUUGUGAUUCGUAUUAUUCAAAAUUAAACCCGAGGAAAUGUGGAAACGGAACGGGGUUGUUAUACUUAAGUGGUAUAGUUCUCGGUCACUGUUCCCCGUAUCAAAAUGAUUUAUUUCAAUGUAAAGCAAUGGGAAAAAUAAGACGGUACAGGAAUACGCAGGUACUAAGAAUGCGUAAUUACGAUACAAAACUUUUGUACGUAUAAGAAAUAUCUGUUGCAAAUUGUCACUGAAAAUAUGUUGCUGUUAUUGGGAUUCUCCUCUGAAAAGACCACUGAAGAUCUCCGCUCGGCUUACUGAUGAGGAAGGAGACAACUGAUGUUCUGUACAAGUAAGGCCAACGUACCAACUUUUACAGCACCAGAAUAUAUUAUCUUCCAGCAAACCUCAUAUAAUAAAGGUUAAAUGAGAGUUGUGAUACAUCUUUUCACAUUCGAGUGUUCUAAUGUAUUUAAUUUUUGUUGUUUUCUUUGAAGAGAAAACAGACCCAAUCCAUGAAAAGUCUUUAACCGAAUAGUUUAUACAAUGACGAUGCCAAAACAGUGUCAAAAAUCUUCUGAUAUCAAACAGGAAAAACGCAUAGCUUUACUUCCUUGCUGUUGUUAGAAAUUUUGAAUUCAAAGAAGGCUGCGGCUCUUGUUUAUGAGAUCCCAGAAUUCCACAUAUCGUGGUUCUGAAGGUUUGUGCAAACGUUACGACAUCGUAACGAGAGUACUUUCUUUGGACAUAGGUAAGAAAGAUAUGUAACAGUAAUUUUUUCUAUAAAUAUUAGGUUUUUGGACAUUUUCCAUUGUUUUGUCUAUAUCUGAAAACUGUCCUGUUUAUUUUUCGAAACAACGUUUCAGAGGCUGGAUUCUGUCUCCGUCUUCAGGUGAAACCUGAAAUAAUUCCGGACUGGUCCGGAGAGAGGAACUAGCUCUUUCGAUUGGGCCCAAUUGAGUAGGUUUUGCCUGAAGACGGAGACAGAAUCCAGUCUCCGAAACGUCGUGUUUUGAAAUACAAACAGGGCGGUGUUUUUAUACAGAGACAAGACAAUGGAUACGUCCAGAAACACAAUAUUUGCACCCAUGUAAUAUCGUCACAAACAUUUAGAACUUAUUAAUAAUUUUUCUGCUUCACUAGUCUCUCCAAUAAAGUUUAUAUCUGUUUCUUUCACAUAUAUCACUUAGUUCACCUCCACAAGAGCCCAGUCAUAAGGACUGAUUUUAUCUUAUAUGCGCCAUGAAGAACAUAAUCAUUCGCCUCUACCUUAAAAUGGAGAAGAAACCAAUUUCCGAACUGUAGUAUAUCUUGAAGAAAGUUGUCUUCUGGGUUUAGGCACCGUGUAUUCUUCGUUUUGGCCGACGUUUCGGA